GUAGGGGCCGGACCGUCGUCGUCGUCGCCUGCCGACGCGAUCGGACAACGCGUCGCCGCCGCGCCGUUACACGGUUACGUUAGUUGUCGAAAAAAAUCAUAUCGUUGUAAUAGACUACGUACAAGCGACUCGCAGAUCAGUACCGCUCGCCGCUCGGCGUACUUGACAGCGCACGUCUGGAACGUGCUUGGUGCUUUUAAAAAUUAUUCGCAUACUUUCGGAGCUCUCGCGCUUUUGUUAUUUAAAUAUAAUAUAUUUAUUACAAUAUUGAUCGCUCCACUGCAACUACUUUACAUCAUAUAACGUAUUGUCGUAUUAUUAUAUAAUAUAGUAUUAUCACACGUCGUCACUAUCAUCAUCAUUUUCUCGGAGGGACACCUGCCACCAAACUACUUUAUUAUAAUAUUAUUAUUAUACAUCUUCGACUGACGACACACGACGGGCGUAGUACAAUUUUUUAACCCAAUCCUCCACAGUCCAGAGUUUCCAUGGCCGCUGAUCCCGAGUACUGGGUGUUUGGAUACGGAUCGUUGUGCUGGAACCCGGGUUUUGAAUUCAAGGAUUCCAUGGUCGGUUAUGUGAAGGGUUUCUCCAGGAAGUUCUGGCAGGGAAACAUUGCACACCGAGGAACUAAGGAAAAGCCAGGACGUGUUGCCACAUUAGUCGAAGACCCACAGGGUUUCGUGUGGGGCAAGGCGUUCCUGUUGCCGGACGAGACUGCGUUUAAGUACUUGGAGAUGCGGGAGGUGUACCUAGGCGGUUACCGGGUGCACAAGGUGGACGUGCGGUCGGACGGCGCGGACGACAGCUGCGGGCGGACCGUGAACGCGACUGUGUACGUGGCCACGCCGGACAACGGCCAGUGGCUGGGCGAAGCGCCCGUCGACGAGCUGGCCACGCAGGUGGCCACGUGCGCCGGACCAGCCGGCCACAACGCCGAGUACGUGAUACUGUUGGCGCGGUGGGAGAGGCAGAACGCGCCAGUGCACCGCGUCGACAUCGAGCUCAGCAAGCUUGAGCUGCUCGUGCUGGAACGGUUGCAGUCCAUCGGCGUGAGGCCCGACGACGUGCUCACCACCAACAACACGCCGUCGUUCUCCUCCAUGGUGCCCGAAAAGAAGUUGAGAUGUUUGAACAUUUGACCAGCAGUUUAUGUUAUAUAUAUAUAUAUAUAUAUAAUAUGUCAUAUGUAUAUAUUUAGGUAUGUGAGUACAGUAGUACACGCUACUUCGUUACUAUCGUAAAUCCACUAACCAAAUUGUAAUAUUAUUAUAUUAUGGUUGAUGUUGUUAUAAUGUCAUCACGCAGACACCCGAACAACUACCUGUGACUAUAUAUUUUGAUAUCGCACUCUUACGGAGGACAUAUUUUAGACGACUUGAUAAAAACGAAACUGCGAGAUGAUAUUUUGACUUAACAGUUUUCGUCUGCGUGACGUGAAUAUAGUAAUGUUAUUAUGUUCUAGUAAUAAUUUUACUCAGCGUAUAUCAUAUAUUAUAAGAACAAAUAAUACGUAUCUACUGACGGGGAGACGAGUAUCUCUACAUAAUACUCUGACUCUGAGCGAUAUGAUUUAUUAUUUUUAGUUAUAUUAUAGAUAUACCUGUAUCACAUAAUAGCGAAAUAAGUACAAUUUACUAACUGCGACAGGGUGAUAUAUAAUAUUAUAUACCUACAAUGUAGGUCCUACAUUUAUAAAUUAUUUUAUUUCGUUGAUGUUUUAUAAAACUUUUAAUAUUUAUUACUAUUACUAUUACUAUAAUUAUUAUAAUUACUAUUAUUAUUAUUUUUUUUUUAUUAUUAUUAUCAUGAUCAUCGUGAUGACUGUUAUCGUCGUACGAUGAAUUGAUUUCAUCACGAACGCAAUGCCUAAAAUAUUUUUAUUUUUAUACACACUCGACGAUGACCGUGAUCGGUGCAUUGUAUUAUUUUUAUAAAAUUAUCAAAUGUGUCCAAAACACUACCUACUGCUUAAAUAUGUAUUUAUAAUAUAUUAAUGUAUAAGUGUAUGUGAUGUUAUUUAUUAUAUUUCGACGUGUUUAAACGUCGCUCAAACGAAAAGCAAAUCAUACAUGCAUAUAUUGUCAUGUAUACACCAUAAUAUAUCAAUAUACCUACACCAUUGAUUGGG